AUGGUGGAGAGACAUGCGCUCAAGGAGGUCAUUGAAGACACCAACAGACGGUUUUGGGGGUGUGUGAUGCUUCCAAUCACGCUUGCCUUCUUCGGCUUCUAUUCUUUGUCUUCCAUCCUGCAUGAGGAUAUACCAUCCAAGCACAUCACAGAGUUCCCUGUGCGAAAUGUCCUAAACCCGCUCUUGGGCGAAGAUGAUGAAGCCACGUCGGACAUGCUAGAUGGUUUGACGACAUCAUCGGAUGUGUGGAAGUAUCUUGAGACCGUGUUCAUUCCGUUCUUUCUCCGUGACACCGACAUCUAUGGUCGCCAACUUCCGCAGGAAAAGAGAGGCACAUUCCUGCAGUACAACCAGGUGCUGGGCGGCAUCAUCAUGAGCCUUGAACGUGGAUAUCGUCAGCGGUGUGAGGACCCGCUCGUGGAGCACUUGACAUGUUUUCCUCAGGACACGCUCAACGCGGAUCAGUUCGGUGGCAACAUCUCUGAUCUCUACGAGCCUGGGAAGAAUGCUUCAUACUGGUAUGGCACGAACGAGUCUCUUCUAGAAUGCCCAGAUGAAGGCUUUGUCAUCCCGGACUGUGCAUCGAACAUCUCCAAUACCACGGCAAGGCCAGCGCGAUCCAUCAACAUUUGGACUUUGGAUCGGCGACUUGCCCCUUUGGGCCAGGAGCUGGCUGCAUCGAUGCCGGUGGAACAGACACAGCUUUCCCUCAUUCUGGAUGGUGAGAAGUCCUUCAAGUUCACCUUGCGCGCAAGGGAUCCUCUCGAAAAGAAUGUGAAGCGAUUCCAGUACUUGAAGGACAGAGGAUGGAUAGAUGAGCAGACUUUAUCGCUGGACGUCAAGGUGGUGGCCUUCAACUACCAGCUUGCCAUCCCUCGACUGCUGAAAGUUCAGUUCAAGUUCUAUUUUAGUCGGGGAGGAGGAGUGUAUACCAAGCAGAAGAUCGAGGUUGCAACUCUGAAAACAUGGCCGCGACACAACCGCGCCCUGCUCCUCUUUGUGGACAUUGUCUUCUUGUGCAUGUGUUUGGCUUCCACGGCCUUCAUGGCCCGCGAGUUCUCAAAGGACAUGAAGGCGGGAAAGAUCUUUGGGCACUUCAACCUGAUCAAUUCCAUUACUUGGCUGAGUUGUUUGUUUGGUUGGGCCCAUCUGGGCAUGCUGUUCGGGCUGGAAGUGUACCGAAAAAUGGUGAUGGCCAGUAUCGAGGACUACUUUGACUACCUGGAUACCCCGAGCACGUUGGCGGUGAUGAGCCUGUCAGACUCGAUGGCAGAGUUCUCAUCGUACCAGCGUAUCUUUAUCUCCUAUGCUCAUAUUCUCUUCAUGGCGCGCUGCUUCCUGUCGUUGCAAUGGCAGCCUCGGCUUGCCAUCAUUACGUCCACGCUACAGGCAACGACGGUCGACUUGACCCACUUCUUGAUUGUUUUGAUACCCACAUGGUUCGGCUUUGCGAUUGCUGGCAUGAUCAUGUUUGGCAGACGGAUGCAGGCGUUUUCCACACCUCUCAGCGGCUUUGCCAUGUGCUUGCAGCUUGCCCUAGAGGGUGAGUACGACUGGGGCUACAUGUCCUCAGAGGACUGGUUUAUCACACUACUAUGGGUCUGGAUCUACAUGGUUCUCUUAGUGAUGGUGAUGUUGAACAUGGUGCUCGCCAUCAUCAUGGAUGUGUACGCUGAGGUUCGCAGACAACAAGGUGAAACAAUGUCGAUCUUUCAGCAUUGCACCUACCUGUUCAAGCGCGCCCUGUACUUCAAAAACUGGGUUCCAGACAGGGAACUGUGGGAGCGCGUAGCGGAGAUGCCAGAGACCAUCAUCGUGGAUGAGAUUCUGGAGGCUUAUCCGAACAUGCCAGAUUUCCAGCUGAACUUCCUUUGCGAUGGGGCGAGGAAUCGGACAAGGGUGAUUCAGCGAGCAGGCAUCGACCCAACAUAUACUGUCCAGAUGGUCGCUGCAAUUCACAUCAGCCUCGAAGAGAUCAUGAUGGAUCUCAUCAAGCUCAAGAAGCGCGGAUGGAUGGGAAAGGGCUUCGAGGUUCCUCACGAUGAAGACAGGAACCUCGUUAAGGAAAUUCUGUCUGGAAUUGCAGUUCAAAGUGAAUGGAUGCUGAAUGCACAGAAGCAUGUGUCAUGGCUACACCAGCAGAUCGGCACCGAAGGGGCUGAUGGGGCUGGAUACGAGUGGAAAGCUACUGGGCCAGUCGGGGCUCCCAGAUGCAGACUCCAAACUGUAUGUUUGAAAGCUGCCAAACCAAGUCGCGGCGGAUGGACCAAGUGUUGUUGCAUUGGACGGUACUUUCGAAUCACCCUUCAUUAG